AUGUUAAAUGUCUCCACAAUCAUUACAUUAGCAGUGUUACUACGAAUUGGUUUCUUUUUAUUUGGAUUAUAUCAAGAUAAACAUAUGCCGGUGAAAUACACGGAUAUAGAUUACAUGGUUUUUACAGAUGCUUCAAAAUAUGUUUAUCAAGGUCAAUCACCAUAUCUUAGGGAAACUUAUAGAUAUACUCCACUUUUGUCUUGGAUGAUUUUACCAAUAAAUUGGGAAGGGGUUUGGUUUCACUUUGGUAAAAUCUUAUUUAUGAUUAGUGAUUUAAUCACAGGGGUACUUAUUAUCAAAUUAUUACAAAAGAAUAAAUUGAGUAAGAAGAAGAUACUAAUUUUGAGUUCAAUAUGGUUACUAAAUCCUAUGGUGAUCACAAUAAGUACAAGAGGUUCAUCAGAAAGUGUAUUAACGGUAAUGAUCAUGCUGUCUUUAUACUACUUGAUCAAUGAUAAAAUCAAACUAUCAGCAUUUUGGUUCGGUUUAGCUGUACAUUUCAAAAUAUAUCCAAUAAUUUAUUUACCAUCAAUUGCUUUAUAUUUGUCUAAGUCCGGAUCAAUUGUUAAUUUACCCAUACUCAAACUUACAACAUACAAAAAUUUACAAUUUAUAUCAUUUACAAUAGUUGCAUUUUUGAGUUUAAAUGGAAUAUCGUACUUUAUUUAUGGAUAUGAAUUCAUAGAGAACUCGUAUCUAUAUCAUAUCACAAGAUUAGAUCACAGACAUAAUUUUUCGGUAUACAAUGUUCUACUAUAUUAUAAAUCAAGUUUACCAUCAACAACUAACAUAGACAUUGAAAAAUUAGCAUUUUUACCACAAUUAUUAUUAUCUGCUAUAAUAAUCCCAUUAAUUUUAGCUAAAAAGGACUUAUUAUCAUGUUUAUUCAUUCAAACUUUCACAUUUGUUACAUUCAAUAAAGUAAUAACUUCACAAUAUUUUAUUUGGUUUUUAAUAUUCCUACCACAUUUUAUAAGUAAAACCAAAUUAACUUGGUAUAAUGGGUUUUUUUUAUUAAGUUUGUGGAUAAUAACUCAAGCUAUUUGGUUGUUUAAUGCAUAUCAAUUAGAAUUUUUGGGUAUAAAUAAUUUUGAUUAUAAUUUGUUUUAUUCAUCGAUAAUGUUUUAUUUGAGCAAUUGUUGGUUAAUUAAUCAAUUUAUAGGUAGUUUAUAG